AAGAAAACAACACCUUGACUUAGGACAAACGAAGGAGAAAACAGCUGAGAAAUCGGAAUGAAUCGCUGUACAAGGAUGGCUACCUCAAGUUACUGUAUGUUAAGAAGAAAUGUCAGUUACAGUUUAACAAACAGAGCAAUACUAAUGCAACAGCUACGACGGUGGUAUCAUCCCCCUCCAGCAAUAGCAGCCAACUUUCAGGGUUUGCUUGUGGAUCUGCGCUCAGACACAAUAACAAAACCAACAGUAGGAAUGAAACAAGCCAUGAUGGAUGCACUGCUCGGGGAUGACGUCUAUCGCGAAGAUCCAACUGUCAAAGAGUUGGAGAGAAGAAUGGCCAUUUACACAGGGAAAGAAGCUGCUUUAUUUGUACCUUCAGGAACAAUGGGAAACCUCAUAGCUGUCCUCGGCCACUGUGAGAAUCGAGGGUGUGAGGUGCUCUUAGGAGAUCAGGCACACAUAUUCUUAUAUGAGCAGGCUGGCAUGGCACAGUUAGGUGGUGUACAGCCUCACAUUAUACCCAACCAACCCGAUGGAACAUUUGACGUCAGUGAAAUACCUGCCCGAGUUAGAGAUGAGGAUGUACAUUGUCCACGAACAGCCCUCAUUUGCAUUGAAAAUACCCAGAAUGUUUGUGGUGGGAAAGUAAUACCAUUAUCCUGGAUAGAUGAGGUUAGCAGCAUAGCAGAAUCCAUAGGUAUUCCCCUUCACAUGGAUGGAGCGCGCUUGAUGAAUGCUGUGAUUGCAAGUGGGGAAAGUGCUUCUCGGAUUUUGCAAGCCUGUGAAACUGCAUCUAUAUGUCUGAGCAAGGGCUUAGGGACUCCUGUAGGAUCCGUGAUUGUGGGCAGUGAGGAGUUUAUGUACAAAGCAUUACGUCUUCGUAAAGUUUUGGGAGGUGGUAUGCGUCAAGCUGGAAUGCUGGCGGCAGCAGGACUUUAUGCCAUGGAUAACAUGAUAGACCGUUUAGCAGAUGACCAUAGACAUGCCCAGCAGCUGGCACAAGCAAUUCAUGGUAUGGGAAGCAGAUCUGUAAAGUGUAACCCAGCUGAAGUGCAUACAAAUAUUGCUAUAGUACAUCUAGCUACAGAUAUCAUAACCCCAGAACAAUUCUGCAAGAGAUUGUUAGCAGUAGGUGAAGGAGAGAUUUCAGAAAUUGGGGAAGUGGCCAUCAAAGUCUUGCCAUGGACAUCAGACUCUGUGCGUUUCGUGACACACUUUGAUGUAAAUAGUGAGGGUAUUGAAGCUGCAGUCACAAAGCUCAAGUAUGUUAUAAGUGAGAUUGACAGUCAGUUGGAUUAGGCCAGAUGAAGUGAGUGACGGUGUUCUUUAAGAAAAGUAUAGGAAAGUAUACUAGGCAUAGUAAAUAAUGGGACAGGUUAUUUGGACAGUCACUUGCUGACAUUCAUAGAUGUAGAUAGGCAUAAGUUGUUUCAUUCUAAUUAAGAUUUAACAUGAAUUUACAAUACAGUGAAAAGAGGUAUUUUUGUAAUUAUGAUACAAAAAGAUGUAUUUUUUUAUAAUGAGGUGUAUGAUAUUCUCUUGGUAUAUAAAAAAUGUAUAUUACAAUAUAGAUAAGUAAUAUUGAAAUUGUAUAUUAGAUUUUCUACUGGCAGAAAUUUGCUAACAAUGUUGAAAAGGUUCUCAUAUGAUUUUACUGGUCAUUGCAAGAAAAAUAUUGUGUGCCAUUGUUGUUUAGCAUUAUUUAGGUGUAAGAUAGUAUAGGAAAUAUUAUCUGAUAUUAAGGUAUGUGUCUAAAUGUUCAGAAAAAUGUGUAUAUAUGUUAUAUGUAUGUGAGAUGAAGAAUUUUGAAGUGAAAUGAACCAUAUUCCAUAUUUUGUAUUAAAAGAAAAUGUACUUAAAUGUAUCUAUGAUAUUCGUUUCACAUCCAGUUUUCGUGGAUACAAUGUGCAAUAUAUUUUUGCCUCAUUGAACUUCCACAUUUUCUUGCAUUUUCACUUCUUUAUCCUUCUAUUUUUUCUUUCUUCCCUUGCUUUUCUGUUUAAUGUCUAGCAGUCUAUUUUCUUUUAUCAUCUGAUUUGGACUCAGGUGGCCAUAAAACAUCUUGAGAUGUUUUAAGACCAAAUUUCUCUAAGGUUCCUUUUAUAGAUAUAGUCAGUAUAUUGUUUGGAAAACAGAACAUACCUUCUGAAAGUUUGGCAGUGUAAUAGUGUAACUGGUUCCUAAAGAGUAUUUAUGUGUAAGUACCUACCAUUGUUAAGAUGGUAUCUGUUUCCUUUUCAGAUUUUGUUUUCAGUAAAUCUACAUAUUAUUAAGCCUGAUUUUCAUGAAUCAUCUUCAGUUUAUAAGAUUUAAUUUCUAUUCGGUAUGUAAUCAAUAUGUAACUAUAAUUAUAAUGCACUCUUAUUUUUACAGGAAUGUUGUAUAUUUCAAUAUUAUUUUACUGCCUAUGGAGAACUGAUUCAUUAAUUAACCACAUAUAAUGAAUAUAGAGAUUUUCAAGUAUCAAAGAUUAAAGAUAAAUUUGAAACUAACUGUAUCGUUUCUGCACCUGAAAUCAUAUUAUGUAAUUGUGAAUGUUAACCUAAAUUUUUUUUUUUUUUCUCCAUCACAAUUUUUACUUCUUAUUCAUUAAAAGCAGUUAGCUAGGCUUUUAUCAUGAAAAGAAGGUAUAAAAAGUAAAAAAUAAUUUAACAAAUUUGUGUGAUUGUCACAAUAGAUUCUGCUUAGUAUAUAAGUGUGAUUAUUGUUCUGGGUAGUUGCCUACAACGGUGAGUUUUAGUUGAUAAUGAUGAAGGAAUCAGAAUAUUAUCAAUAUAUGAGAAUUGUUAUUGUAGUUGUCAAAUAUUCACUUGUGUUUGGAAUGUACUGAUAAGGUUUAAUUUGUUGAUUGUGAUAAUUUUGUUAAAAAAGGACAAUAUUGUAUGUUUGUAUUAUAAUUUACAUACAUCUCAAGGCUGUUUCUUUGAAGUAGGAGAAUGUGUGUUAUAGUUAUAAAUGAUUAAUUGUUUAUUAAUAUAUUAUGUGUAGUGGAGGCAUGUUAGAAGGAGCUAGUUUAUUUGGCGCUCAAUGAUUUCAAGGUUUAAUAAUGUGUUAUAAUAUAAUAUAUUUCAUGAAAUGCUCACAGCCAGGAUGGUAUUAGAGUGUCCAUAGAUAUGCUAAUCAUUUGUAUUGUAUAUAAUGAGUUAUUGCUGUGUCUUUUGUGCAGUCUCCAUUUUGCUUGUAUAAUAUCUCCCUUGCUCUUUUCUAUCA